CCGACACUUUGACUGUUAGCUGCUCCACCUUCGUGGGUCCAGUCUCUCUCAACGGAUACUCGCAGCUUGCGAAGACACUGGGAAACCCAUAGGCUUAUCGAUGGGUGAAAAUAUUCAGAGCGCCGUUGAACUGGUUCACAAGGAGAUCUUCUUGCAUCUUCUAUUCUAUAUGAAGUGCUAGGCUGGUACCAGAAGCGUCAUCUGAUGCAUGCCGGUCCGCGGCUAUCCGUUUUCGUACAGGAGCGGCAGGGCGCAUCGAGAGAGAGCACCGUUGGGUAAGCCGAUGGUGUGCCUCCGUCUCGACGGGGGCGGAGCACCAUGCUCACGACCGGGGACAGAUCAAGCUAUCACGGCUCGCUUGGCCGGGGGUAUUCUCCUCGGUGGAAGGCUUCCGUCAUGGUUCUCCAAGUUGUAUCGCUCACCUACUCCGAACUCUAUUCUCCAUGUCCACGCCCCCUCUCCACACCACGGUGGAUGCGCCAAUGCGUCCCCCUCCUCCUACGACGGGUCUUGGUACGCUACCUCGGACCCUAGUGCAGAAAGGCGGACUCAAUCCUAGGUUCGGCUUGCCGAUAUCUUACACAUUAUUAAUUGCAGAUAUAGAAGCAACUGUGAGGAAGAGCUUCGUGAGAUGGGAGGUGAACAGUAUUAAAGGCUCGACGCGAACGUUGGCCUACCUGUGUUGUCUUCUGCUUACACCGCUCUAUUCCCUUUAUCAUCCAGACCUUGCUUACGGACCCCUACCAAUACGCCGUGCCUCAACGUAUAUCGUGCCUCACCCACAAUGGUUCUCAAACCCCUGGAUACCGUAGAGUUCACUGAUGCGAGCCACUCACCAGUGCUCCAUCGAGAUCUACGGGGUCAGUUUGCACGCAUCGUUGGCGGUGAAGGUCACCACUAUGUUGUAGAAGGCGGCAGGAAACUCUUUGACGCUUCUGGAGGCGCUGCCGUCGCUUGUAUCGGUCAUGGUGACAAGAGAGUGGCAGACGCUAUGGUGAGGCAGAUCAACAGCAUCGCAUAUAGCCCUUCGACAUUCUUCACAACCCCCACCUGCGAGAAACUUUGCCAAUUCCUCGUCGAUUCGACCGGCGGUCGGAUGUCACGAGCCUAUCUAGUCAGCAGUGGUAUGUUGUAUCAACUCCGUCAGUACCGAUUGAUUGCUAAUCAUGUCAGGGUCUGAGGCUAUGGAGGCAGCGAUGAAGCUUGCAAGGCAAUUCUUCCUAGAGAAGGAUACACCAGAACCGCAGAGGCAUCUGUUCAUUGCUCGAGAAAGGUCUUACCAUGGAACAACUCUCGGCGCACUCUCUAUGGGUGGUCACGUUUCUCGUCGAGCCAAAUUUACGCCAAUGCUCCUCGACAAUAUCGUUUCUCAUGUGUCUCCAUGUUACGAGUACAGAGGCAAAGCGCCUGAGGAAUCAGAUGACUCAUAUGUGGCCCGUCUCGCCCAGGAGCUCGACGAUGAGUUUACCCGGGUAGGACCCGGGAACGUGUGCGCUUUUGUAGCAGAACCAGUUGUUGGGGCCGCUCUGGGCUGUGUCCCAUCAGUGAGCGGCUAUUUCCAAGCUGUUAAGGCAGUUUGCGAUCGACAUGGCGCCCUACUUAUUAUGGAUGAGGUCAUGAGCGGCAUGGGCCGGGUAGUACCCGCUAUCCAGACUAUUGGCAAGGGCCUAGCCGGGGGUUACCAGCCGAUUGCCGGCGUCCUAGUCAACAAGGGAGUAGCUGAUGUGUUGGAGAGGGGCUCCAGUUGCUUCGUUCAUGGACACACAUAUCAAGGUCACCCUAUUGCAUGCGCAGCAGCACUCGAAGUACAGCGUAUCAUUGAGUCGGAUGGUCUACUAGUCAACGUACGAGCCAUGGGCCAAUUACUUUCGGAGCUCUUGAGAGAGGGCCUCAAGGACGAGCCUUGUGUGGGAGACGUCCGCGGCAAGGGACUUUUUUGGGGCAUCGAGUUUGUGCGGGAUAAGGUGAGCAAGGAACCUUGGCCCAGAGAAGCACAGGUGGCAACGGAGAUGAGCGAUCUUGGGCGCACCGAGGAAUACGGCAUUGUGGUUUACCCUGGUGCGGGAACUAUGGACGGCGUUCUAGGUGAUCACAUCAUUGUGGCGCCACCGUAUACUGUGACACGGAGCGACGUUGAGUUCAUUGCCGAGACGGUGGUGAAGCUGAUCAAGGGCUACUUCGCAAGACUGAAGCAGUCCGGGUCAGCUGUUUGA